UAGUCUGGUUUCAACUCGACUCUCCCCUACCUAAUCAAAACAUCGGAGCCGCCGCCGUCCAUCUCCCAAACCCUAGAAGAAGAAGAAGAAGAGGAAGGCGGUGCCGUGCCAUGGCCACCACCGGCUCCUCCCUCCUCCUCCUCCUCGUCGGCUCCUCCCCUAUCCGCGUAAGGGACAGGAGGCGCAGGAGGAGUGCCAGCGUGCCCGCUCGUAGGCCUCGUGUGGGAGCGGUGCGCGCGUCCGCCAAGGACAUCGCCUUCGACCAGGGAUCGCGAUCCUCCCUCCAGGCCGGCGUCGAGAAGCUAGCCUCCGCCGUUGGCGUCACCCUCGGUCCCAGAGGAAGGAAUGUCGUUUUGGAUGAGUUUGGGAGCCCUAAAGUGGUCAAUGAUGGAGUUACCAUUGCUCGAGCUAUUGAGCUUGCUGACCCAAUGGAGAAUGCUGGCGCUGCUUUGAUUCGCGAGGUUGCCAGCAAGACAAAUGACUCAGCGGGUGAUGGCACUACAACCGCAUCUGUUUUGGCUCGUGAGAUCAUAAAAUUGGGCCUACUGAGUGUUACUUCAGGGGCAAACCCAGUAUCUAUUAAAAGGGGCAUAGACAAGACUGUGCAAAGUUUAGUCCAGGAACUUGAGAAGAAGUCAAGGCCUGUGAAGGGCAGCAGUGAUAUUAAAGCUGUUGCUGCUAUAUCUGCUGGGAAUGAUGACUUUGUUGGGACCAUGAUCGCUGAGGCCAUUGACAAGGUUGGCCCUGAUGGUGUUCUUUCAAUUGAGUCAUCAUCAUCUUUUGAGACCACUGUUGAAGUUGAAGAAGGAAUGGAGAUUGAUAGAGGAUAUAUCUCUCCUCAGUUUGUUACAAAUCCUGAGAAGUCGCUUGUUGAGUUUGAAAAUGCCAGAAUUCUUGUCACUGACCAGAAGAUUUCUUCAAUAAAAGAAAUACUUCCUUUGCUGGAACAAACAACUCAAUUAAGAGCACCUCUUCUCAUAAUCGCGGAGGAUGUAGCUGGCGAAGCGUUGGCAACUUUAGUUGUCAACAAGCUUAGAGGAAUUCUCAAUGUAGCUGCAAUUAAAGCACCUGGUUUUGGUGAAAGGCGUAAGGCUCUUCUCCAGGACAUUGCCAUUGUUACAGGUGCUGAAUUUCAAGCCAAAGAUCUGGGCUUACUGGUGGAGAAUACAACAGUAGAGCAGCUUGGCAUAGCCCGGAAAGUGAAAAUCUCCCAGUCAGCCACAACCAUUAUAGCAGAUGUUGCCACCAAAGAUGAGAUCCAGGCAAGAAUUGCACAGUUGAAGAGAGAGCUUUCCCAGACAGACUCAGUAUAUGACUCUGAGAAGUUGGCUGAAAGAAUCGCAAAGCUCUCUGGUGGAGUUGCGGUUAUAAAGGUAGGAGCUGCAACUGAAACAGAGCUUGAGGAUCGCAAGCUCCGUAUUGAGGAUGCCAAGAAUGCAACAUUUGCAGCUAUUGAGGAAGGUAUAGUACCUGGAGGUGGUGCGGCCUAUGUUCACCUGUCAACAUUUGUACCAGCCAUCAAGGAGAAGUUGGACGACCCUGAAGAGCGCCUUGGUGCUGACAUCAUUCAGAAGGCUCUAGUGGCACCGGCAGCACUAAUAGCUCAUAAUGCUGGAGUUGAAGGGGAAGUAAUUGUAGAAAAGAUCAAGGACAGUGAAUGGGAGGUUGGUUACAAUGCGAUGGCUGACAAGCACGAGAACUUAGUACAGGCUGGUGUGAUUGACCCUGCAAAGGUGACAAGAUGUGCGCUGCAAAACGCAGCCUCGGUGGCUGGAAUGGUGCUAACUACGCAGGCCAUUGUUGUGGAGAAGCCGAAGAAGAAGGCGUCGGCAGCUUCAGAGGGUUCUCUUGCCAUGUAAGGACCAUUAUUAUCCUGGGCCUGGGAGGGGUUAGGAACAAGGGCAUGGUUUCUACCUGUGCUGUGCUGUGUAAUCCCUUGUUCCGUUGCUGAUUUUGCUACUGCUCGUGACAGCAAAACAAAGUCAUUUUAUAAGUUGUUUUAGCAAAGGUGAACUUAUGAAGAAGAAGAAUAAAAUCUACUCUAGUCCAAGUGAAG